GGCACAGGGGACGUGCCUGUCCCCUGAGUUCACUCAGCAGCGUGACUCAGGGCACGGGCACGCAGGGAAUGUAUUAAUUGCUUUCUAUCUGCUGCCUAUCAGAAAAUAGAUGAGGCUGAUGGGACUGCCCACGGAUUGUUCACAGGAUCCCCGCACUCCGGGCACUAUUUCCCGGGCAGCUCAGCACACUGAGCUCCCAUCCCCCGGAGUGAUGAAGGAUGAAGAUGAUGCUGAAGAUGGGGAGAAGACCCUGGGGGAGCCGAGCUAAGUGAAGGAUGGAGAGGCAGGAGCAGAGCAGCCGGUCCUUGCUGUGAGCUGGGCUCAUGUGGCAGCCCCGGCUCCGAGCUCAGCAUGAUUUGUUGGUUCUCGUGUGCAGCCAAAGGCUCCCUGAACCCAGACUGGAACAAGUAUGAUGACAGGCUGAUGAAGGCAGCUGAAAGGGGAGAUGUGGAGAAGGUUUCAUCCAUCCUGGCCAAGAAAGGAGUCAGUCCCACCAAGCUGGAUGUGGAAGGGAGAUCUGCAUUCCACGUUGUGGCCUCAAAGGGGAACCUGGAUUGCUUGAACACCAUCCUGGUGCAUGGAGUCGAUAUCACAGCCACUGAUGCUGCAGGCAGGAAUGCCCUGCAUUUGGCUGCCAAGUAUGGCCAUGCUUUGUGCUUGCAGAAGCUCUUGCAGUACAACUGUCCAACAGAGAACGUGGAUCUCCAGGGGAGAACUGCUCUUCAUGAUGCAGCCAUGUCUGACUGCUCUGCCAGCAUCCAGCUGCUCUGUGACCACGGCGCCGCCGUCAACUCCAGGGACGGGGACGGGAGGACACCCCUGGUGCUGGCCACCCAGAUGUGCCGCCCGGCGCUGUGCCAGCUGCUCAUAGACCGGGGGGCUGAUGUCAAUGCCAGGGACAAGCAGAACAGGACUGCCCUGAUGCUGGGAUGUGAGUAUGGCUGCAGGGAUGCCGUGGAGGUGCUGCUCAGGAACGGUGCUGACGUGGCUCUGACUGAUGGCCUUGGCCAUGACUGUGCCUACUACGCCAGGAUUGGGGACAAUAUUGACAUUUUGGCUUUGAUUAAAGCUGCCCUCGAGGACUCCAGCAGAGGAAGAGACAGCGUGAAGAGAGGGCAGGCUGAGCCAAAGGUCACCAGCGUGUCCCAGCAGUGGGGCAGGGGCUGUGGGGCACAGGAGGAGCUCAGACACUUCCAGAAGGAGCCCAGCACUCAGGACCUGGAGUUGGAGAACCAGGAUUUGCAGGCUCGUUUGAGGGAGGUUCAGGAGGAGCAGAGGGUUCUGCUGGACAGGGUCAGUGUCCUGCAGCUGCAGCUCACUGAGGAGCAAAUGUUUGCAGCUGAUGUUUGAGAACGAGAUGAGCUGAAGAAAAUCCUGACGACCAAGGAAAAGCAGCAGGAGGAAAGUUUGAGGACAAUUGAAGCUCUCAAAGCCAAACUCAAAUAUUAUGAGGGUGACUCUGCAGGGUCUGGAGGUAACUUUGGAAGCAGAAAAGAAGAUUUAUUACUUAAACAAGGCCAAGCCCUCGCAGUGGAAUCCCAGUCCAGGUCAAUGCUGAGGCCCCUGGAGCUCUCCCUGCCUACCCAGUGCCCCAGCUCGGAGAAGGAGACUUUAAAGAAGGAACUGGAGAGCGUGAGGAGCUGCUUUGGGGCAGCCAAGGAGGAGAUCAGCAAGCUGCAGAGGGAGCUGUCCCUGAAAUGCUCCGAGUGCAAAGCUCUGGCCUCAGAGUGCCAGAGGACCAAGGCAGAGUGUGAUGGGCAGGUCAGGCAGCUGGAGGAUGCUCUGAAGGAUGUCCAGAAAAGAAUGUUUGACUCGGAGGGCAAAGUGAAGCAGAUGCAGAGCCACUUCCUCGCCCUCAAGGAGCACCUGGCCAGCGAGGUGGCCUCGGGGAGCUCCAAGGUGAUGGAGGAGCUCAAGGAGCAGCUCCAGGAGAUGAAAACCAAAUACGAGGGAGCCUCUGCUGAGGUGGGGAAACUCAGGAACCAGAUCAAGCAGAACGAAUUGCUGGUGGCAGAGUUCCAGAGGGACGAGGGGAGGCUGGUGGAGGAAAACAAGAGGUUGCAGAAGGAGCUUGAGAAGUCGGAGAUGGAGAGGGAGGAAAGGGGCAGGGAUGUGACAGAGCUGCAAGGGCAGCUCAGGGAGACUGCAGCCAAACUGGCCCAGUCGGUGAGCACAGAGAGGUUCGAGAACAUGAAGGGUUUGCUGUCGAACGAGGUGAGUGAGAAAGCGAGGAGGGUGGCAGAGCUGGAAGGGCAGAGGGAGAGGCUGCAGGCAGAGGUGGCGCUUUUGCAGAGGGAGUGUGAGAGUCAGAGAGCUCAGCUGUCCCAGCGGGUGAGGCCAGAGGAGCACGAGCAGAUGAGGAGAGGGUUUGAGCAGAGCAAGGAGGAGCUGGGGAAGGCGAUUUCUGAGCUGUCACAGAGGAACGAGGCUCUGCAGAAGGAGCUUGAAAGAUUGCAGGCUGAUAACAAGGUGCUGAAGCAGCAAGUCCAAACGCUAAAAACUGAAAUUAAAAGCCAGAAUGUGCCUUUAAAAAUUCAUGAGGAGCUGAAGAAAACAAGCGAUCUGGCUGUGGGUGACCUGACAAAAAAGCUUUUUGAAAUAACAAAGAAGUACAAUGAAAGCAAAGCAGAAGCUGAGAAGUUGCUGGCAGAGAAGAACAGCUUAAAUGAGAAUAUCAGGCACUUGCAAGCCGUGUACCUGUCUCCAGAGCAGCACAAGGAGGAGGUGGAAGCUUUAAAAUCGAAUGGGAUUGAGCUUGAAAAGCAGCUUGCUGAGCUUCAGAAGAAAUGUGAUGAGGAGCAAGCAAAAGUGGGCAAGCUGGAGGCUGAGAACGUGGGGUUGAGGGAGAGCCUGAGGGAUCAGUACGUGCUGGCCACCACACACGAAGAGGUUAAAACUGUCCUGAACAGCAGCCUGGAAAAAACCAAUGGCGAGCUGGCAGAUCUGAAGGGCAAAAUUGGAGAGAUCAAGCAAGAGUUCCUGAAGGUAACUGAAGAAAAUGGAGCUUUAAAAAAUCAGGUGAAAGUCUUACAGAACCAAUUAAAGACAGAGUAUAUAAGUCUAAAAGAUCACGAAACCACGGUGAAUACUUUAAAUAAAAGCGUGCAGGAGCUGCAGGAGAGCAAUGCUGCCAUCAGGGCUGAGCAUGAGAGGGGGCAGGAUGAAAUCUCACAGCUGCAUGCAGAAAUUGAAGCCCAGAAGAAGGAGCUGGACACGAUUCAGGAGUGCAUCAAGUCCAAAUACGCCCCGGUGGCCUCCUUUGAGGACAGAGAGCUGAGGUUCGAGAGCACCGUGAAGGAGCUGAGGGCACAGCUGCAGGAGCAGCAGCAGAGGUGCAGGCAGAGCCAGGAGGAAGCCCAGAGGUGCAGGGAGGAGAACGAGCAGCUCAGGAGUGGCGUCGUGUCCAUCCAGAAGGACCUGCAGCAGAACCAGGUCCUGGCAGAGAAAUCGCACGAGCUGGAGCGGCUGUGUGCCCGCACCAUGGAGGAGCUCAACCAGCAGCUGAGGGCUCUGCUGAGGAAGCACAGGGGCCAGCAGGAGCUGCAGGAGCUGCAGGGUGAGGCUGUGGCUCAGCAGGUCCUGGCAGGGCACGUGGAGGCUCUGGGCGAGGCUCUGGGUCGCACCGUGCAGGAGCUGCAGGAGGCGCUGAGCAGGAAGGAGGAGCUCCACGGUGAAGAGAUGCUCCGGAUCCAGGAGCUGCAGCAGGAGCUGGCUGGGCUGAAGGAAUCCUCGGUGCCUCUGCUGGAACACACCCAGCUGAAGGAAGGGCUGGAAGGGGAAAUCACAGCCAUCAGAUGCAGCCUGGAGGAGAAGGAGGCAGAAAGCAGAGCCAGGAGCCAGGAGGUGCAGAGGCUGCAGGAGGAGCUGCAGCUGAGCCAGCAGGCUGUGGCAGAGCUGCAGAGGCAGCAGGUGCUGGCCGUGGCAGAGUACAGCUCCAUGAAGAGUGCCCUGGAGGCCCAGGUGAGCAGCAUGGCUGGCAACUUGGGCAGCAUGAGGCAGAAGUACGAGCAGGCCUGUGAGGAGGCUGUGCAGGCCAGGAGGAGCGAGCUGAGCCUCAAGGAUGAGAAGGAGCUGCUGCAGCUGAGGAGCUGCAGCAUCGAGCAGGAGAUCAAGGACCAGAAGGAGAGGUGUGACAAAUCACUCACAACCAUUCUGGAGCUGCAGAAGAGGAUCCAGGAGUCUGCAAAGCAGGUGGAAGCCAAGGACAACAAGAUAACAGAGCUGCUGAACGACGUGGAGCGCCUGAAGCAGGCUCUCAAUGGGCUGUCCCAGCUGACCUACAGCACUGGGAUCCCCUCCAAGAGGCACAGCCAGCAGGUGGAACUGCUCCAGGGCCAAGUGAAAACACUCCAGCAGCAGCUGGCUGAUGCCAAGCAGCAGCACCAGGAGGUGAUCUCAGUGUACAGGACUCACCUGCUCAGCGCUGUCCAGGGUCACAUGGAUGAAGAUGUCCAGGCUGCUCUGUUGCAGAUCCUCAGGAUGAGGCAGGGCCUGGUUUGCUGAGCUGCUCCUGUACCUGUGGGACUCAGAACCCUCCUGUUAAUUUUAUUUAAUUAGUGAUGGUGAUAGCUGCAAUUACAGCCUCCCAACACAAACAACUCUCAAAGCUGAAGCUUUUUCUUCAUAAAACACUAAACCAGGGCUGUGGUGUUUCAGGCCUGACAAUUUUUUUUUCAUGAGAACAUCUUUCAAAACUGUCAAAAUGAUGACAUAGAGGUGAAAUUAUUUUAAUGUCUGAUUGACCACUUAUUAAAGCAGGACCUGCACCUCGAAGCUCCAGUUGAUCCUUGAACUUGAACUCUCAUGGGAUGGUUAAAAAUAAACUGCAGAGGAGUGUGGC